AAUAGGAACGUUAGUGUUAUGGAUUGAGUUCUCGAACUUUUUAUAAAACCUGAUAAUAACGCAAAAGAGGACAAUGAUAAAGUAAAGAGAAUUGCCCCCUCUUAAGUGUUAGGCAGUCUAACAGUUACGAGAUGGAUGAUUUUGUGAAGGAGAAACUUCUUGAAUGGAACCUGGCUGAGCUGCUCCCUGCUUUUAAACCUGAGCAGAUUGAUAGAGAGUGCUUCUAUCUCUUGGACGGAAACAGCUUGACCUCCCUGAUACCUCUCCUUGGGCCACGGCUAAAAUUUCAACGCCAGCUCAAAAAGUUGCUUGAGGAUUCAAGCCCCAGCCCCGAGCCGGCUGCCUGCACACCAGCCCCAGAAUUGCCUACAGAGCAACACAGAGUUUCUGUGGAACAAGGAGCAACAUUUAAUAUCCGUGAGAUCCUUAACAAGACAGCUGAUGGAAAAUGCAUGGUUAGCAGUCUUGAGGAACAGAAUCACAUAUCAAUUAAUGAAAGACGUUCCAUGGUCCGGAUACUUGUGUCCCACUUAAUUGAACGCUUUGGAGAGAAUCUAUCUUCAGGUGCAAAGGCUAUGCUGGCAUCAUCAAUUGUGGAUCAGUUUCCAUGCCUGAGGGACUGUCAAGGCACAGGCUAUGACGCAUGGUUCACCCCAGGGAGAAGGCAUAAACCCGCAACAGGCUUUCUGGAAGAUCGUCUCCGCAAUGUCCGAAAAAGGCUCCACUCUGGCAGACGAGUAAAUUUAACAUCACGUGCCACAAGACACCCAAGUCAUUUUACCAGAACCAACUAUAACUCCAUCCAAUUGACGGAGUGGCUGAAAAAUAACAUCUGGCCACAGUCCCAGGUUGGCCAAUACAUGUUGGAGACUGCCAUCCAUAGGGCACAGUGGAUCUGAGCAAAUGGGACUACAUCAAUGCUAGACAUUAUCACAGAGUUUCCACGUUUAGUGGACACUCCAGGCAUGAUUGCGACCAACAUGGCAGAGUACCUGAUGAGAUCCACCACAGAGCACCCAUACGUUCUAAUGCUGGGGGAAGGACAUCAGUGUUCACAAGCUUUUGUCAUUGUAAAUGGGGCAGCCUUGGAGCAACCAUCUCUUUUGGCUGCUGUGGAUGUCUGCUUCAAGGCAUUUUUUGUGUUUGAUGUCAGUUAUCCGAAACCUUGUGCUAAAGUUUGGGAGUUCAUCCAGACUACUGUCUUUCAGAUACCAGGACAUGAAUCAAACGCUGUCAAAUUAAUAAGAGCUCAGAUUGCUACUAUGUAGUUUUUAUGACACACGGUUGAGUUAAAGGUCCUAUGACAUGCUGCUUUUUGGAUGCUUUUAUAUAGGC